CGGCGGCGCGCCGGCCGCGGAAGAGGACCCCGUCGCGACCGCGUCCCCUCGGGUCCUUGAGCCGGGGCCGACCGCGGAGCAAUGGCCUCGAGGCUGCUGAGAGUGGUCCCCGCGUCGGCGUCGGCGUCGGCGCAGGGCCUGGCGGUGGUCGCCCAGCGCGUGGCGAGAAUUCACACAAGUGUACGGUGCAGGCUACGGUAUGGCCCUUUGGCGUACAUACUCGGCGAAAGAACAACCAAAAGAUUCACAGAACGCAGCAAGGUGAUAACUGUAGAUGGCAAUAUAUGUUCUGGAAAAGGCAAGCUUGCGAAAGAAAUAGCAGAGAAAUUAGGCUUAAAGCACUUCCCGGAGGCAGGGGUGCAUUACGCAGACAGCACCACGGGAGAUGGGAGGGCCCUGGACAUAGAGCUCAGCGGCAGCUGCAGCGUGGAGAAGUUCUACGACGACCCGAAGAGCAAUGACGGCAACAGCUACCGCCUGCAGUCCUGGCUGUACGCCAGCCGCCUCCUGCAGUACGCGGACGCCUUGGAGCACCUGCUGAGCACGGGACAAGGUGUUGUAUUGGAGCGCUCCAUCUUCAGUGACUUUGUUUUCUUGGAGGCGAUGUAUAACCAGGGAUUCAUCCGGAAGCAGUGUGUGGACCACUACAACGAGGUGAAGAAGGUCACCAUCAGGGAAUAUCUGCCUCCUCACGUGGUGAUCUACAUCGACACGCCCGUUCCAGAGAUCCAGAGUCGGAUUCAGAAGAAAGGAAACCCACAUGAAAUGAAGAUUAGCUCCGCCUAUCUGCAGGACAUCGAGAACUCCUAUAAGAAAACCUUCCUGCCGGAGAUGAGUGAGAAAUGUGAGGUUUUACAGUAUAGUGCAAGGGAAGCUCAAGAUGCAGAAAAGGUGGUGGAGGAUAUUGAAUACCUCAAGUACGACAAAGGGCCGUGGCUCAAGCAGGAUGACCGUACUCUUCACCAUCUGCGGAUGCUGGUUCAGAAUAAGCUGGAGGUGCUGAAUUACACAACCAUUCCUAUCUAUGUCCCGGAAGUCACGAUCGGAGCUCACCAGAGUGACCGCGUCUUCCAGAGAUUCAUAGAGCUGCCCGGCCUGCCCUCUAAGCCGUUUCCUCCUCUCCGCUGACCACGUCCUGUCUGUACCUGAAGCCUCUGGUCCUGUGGGUCAGGCCCGGUUUCUCCCUCCUCCAGCGCCUCCGCUUUCUGACUAGCUUUACAUACUCUGUAUUUCAUGAGGUUAGAGAAAAUGGGAUUUAUCCGUGCCCCUCAAGACCACUAGGACACGGUGGGCUUCAUGGGUAGAGGAACUCAGAGUUUUUGCCCAGGAGAAUGAGUGAAUGUGUGUAAUGUACUCUCAGCUGGGUCUGUCCAAGCCCCCGGCAUGGGAAGCUCUGUGGAGCGUCCCCGCUGUGUGCGAGAGCGAGGCGGCUGGGAGCAGCCUCGAGUGUCACCUCCUCACAGCACAGAUCCCAGCCCGGCUUGUACCACCUUUGCAUACAAAAGGUACCUGUUUCUGCCGCCUCUGAAGCCUCCCCUGGAGCUGCCUGGCUCACUUGUCCCCUGGUCCCCUCGUCGCCGUGGUCACUUUCUCUUAGGGCAGCGGACAGCAUGGUUUUUUAAGAUGAGCCAGAGAAUAAAUAGCUGAGCUUUGCAGGCCCCGCCCCCUCCGUCACAAGGACGCAGUUCUGCCCGGGCGGAGUGCAAGCAAGCGGCGGGACGAGCCCUGGCGAACUUGUUUGUACAGAACAGUUGUCAGCCGGAUUUGGUCUGCGGGCCGUAGUUUGCCUACCCUGCACUAGGCAGUAAAUAACAAGGGAAUGUGGGAGCCCUGACUCACCCACACAGUGUGAGCGGAGCGUCAUCAUCUGGACCAGGGUCUUGUGCAUAUUAAAUUAAAACCCAUUCUGAUUGCUGUGUCAGCAUCUGUUGUUUAUUUUCUCCUUAAGUAAGCAGUUCCAGUUCUACAAGUUCACCUUAAGCACAUAAAUCUGGAGGGGCACAUCGAAGGGUUAUUUCUCAUCAGGAGCGCUCAGAGCAGGGGUUGGCCACUUGGGUGGUGAUGGGCCCACAGGUGCGUGCAUGGGCCAGAGGGGCUGGUGGCCUAGAGGGUCGGGGCGGACUCAGAGCCGGAGGACAUGGGUUUGCAGUCCAGCUCCAUGGACAUUCUAGCUGUUGACCUGGACAAGCUACUCAGCCUUUCUUUUGUGGAAAAAAAGAAA